AUGGGUGAACUUGAGGAGCAGAUGCUAGCUGAAGUACGAGCACGCGUCCUGGCCGCACGCCAGGUAGCGCAACGUGCGGCAACCCAACGCAGCUCGGCUUCAACAAGUAACUCGAUGUGGGCACAAGACAUGGGUACUGAAUAUGUCCAGGAAAUACCUUUGGCACAACGAAUGGCGCCAACAAGCCAUCCCGUAGAUGAUUUAGGAACUACGCAGGCAUAUGUCGCUGCUCGGAGUACUACAUCUUCCAUCGGUAUCAGCAAGAUGUCUGUCAACGAAAAAAUACCAGCGCUACAAGGUGCCAUGCACUCCGCGUACGGUCAGUCAGUGAAUUCUCAACAUAAUCAUGGCCAGAGACCAACAGAUGUGUUUCACCACAAGACAGAGUUCGAGCCGGGAGUGGUAUUCAGUACUGUAACCCAUGAGCACCAUUACAGACAGGAUAGAAUUGACCGCAGCAAUGUGAAUCAAACUGAGACGAAUUUCGGCAUAACGAACUCGAAGUUCAGAAAAUUCAUUGUACUAUCGCGAUUUGAGCAUCACGUCAUAGCAUUGCCGAUAUUGACUCACGAGGGGCGUGGAUUGAGUUCGAAGCGCCACAAGGAUGAGUUUGUUUCUGUAAGAGAUAGAAUGGCACAGUCAUCUGCUGCACCUGCAGAGAGUAGACAUAAGACCUUGUGGGCUGAAACAUAUCCUGAAUUCCAAUACGCAAGUGCAUGGCACAGGAUGAGCAACACUUGUUGCUUGCACAUCACAAAGCCAUAUUCUCAUAACAUGGCUCACAAGUGUACUAUAUCUGGUCGACUCGAGGAUGAGUCGUUCAUGAGGCUUCAGGAGCUGUUCAGAAAAGCAGUCCUUAUGGAAGGUUCGACCAAAACAUCGCAGGUUGCGCCUCAGGGGGAUGGAUCAGCUUUGGAGGAAAGUCCCAGUACGUGGAUGGGACAUUCAUUCUCGCGCAACAGGACAUCAGUUGCUGGCCAGGGACCUCGACAAGUCUACCCAUUGUCUUCAAGUAGAUCAAACCUGAGUCAAUUUUCUAUAAGGGCACGUUAG